AUGUCCGGCAAUCACACACACCCUUUGAGCUUUGAUCCCGGUACGCUCAAAUUCUGCAGAUUACUCCAGCGCUCCGAAUCAUCUUCUCUAUACGAGAUAACGCUAAGCGACAAUCGCUACUGUCUAAAAGUGUUUCACAACAACGGCGACCCCGGCUACGCCCCGAAUGGCCGUGACAUGAACCGAUUCCGCCGCGAAUUAACCGCUUACAAGAACCUGCACUCUUGGGGAGUGUGUCAGAAAGGCGUGGUACCAGCUUACCAUGGCUAUAUCGAGCAACUCGACCCGGCUCUCUAUCGUCCUCAUCUCGAUCACUUCGCAGGCGAUCAGAAUCAACCAAAUGCCAUCAUGCUUGAAUAUCUACCAGACCCAGAAGAGCUGAACUGCGUGAAUUACUCCGCGGAACGCUUCCAGGUGGCAAUGCAGGGGUUGAGUGAGAUUCAUCGCGCGAGGGUCCUUCAUAAUGACCCGUAUCCGAAAAAUAUUGUUCUUGUGCAUGGGGAAGCGUCGCGAGUUGUUUGGAUCGAUUUCGAUGUUUCGACGACAUAUACAGAGGCUCAGAUGGAGGAUCAUCAGGUGAAGCAGUACUUCGAAGAAGAGUUCCUGUGGGCGAGGAGCUUUGGAGAUUUAUUGAAAAGGGAUCAAGAGGAAGGUCAACUGCCAAACCUCAGCUAUUAUUAG